UUUUCACGUGGAGGAUAUAAAUAAGAGGUCGUUUUGGCAUCUCUCCUCCACACUCCCACCUGCUCCUCGCAAAAAUUCUAAAUUCUAAAUUCUAAAUUCUGUCGCAGAUGACAAAAGUGCAUCCGAACGCUGCCGCCGCACCCGGCAGCUCAGCGCAGAAGCCGCCUGUCUCGUCCUCGGUCUCCGUCUCCGUCCCUGCCGCCGUCGAAGCGUCGACGGUGCUCACCGUGUGGCGGAGGUCGCUGCUGUUGGACGGGAACGGGUUCACGGUGUUCGACGCGAAGGGGAGCCUCGUGUUCCGCGUCGACAACUACGCGGCGGAGCGGUGCAAGGGCGAGAUCGUCCUCAUGGACGCCGCGGGGGAGCCACUCCUCACCAUCAGGAGAAAGAAGCUGAGCUUGGCCGAGCAGUGGCUCAUCUACGACGGCGAGGACUCGUCCAAGCCGCGCCUCUCCGUGAAGAAGCACGUGACCCUCCUCCCCUCCGACUCCCUCGCGCACGUGACCCCAUGCACGUGCGCCGCCGACGCCGACGCCGACGCCUCCUACCACGUGGAGGGCUCCUAUUGGCGCCGGUCCUGUGCCGUCUACGACGGCGCGCGGCGUCGGCUCGCCGUUCUCCGCAGCAAAGAAGCUGCGGUGGGCGGCGCUGCCUCCUUCGGCUUUGACGUGUUUCGGCUCGUCGUCGAGCCCGGAUUCGACGCCGCCGUCGCCAUGGCCAUCGUCAUACUUCUCGAGCAGAUGUUCGGAUCUCGGAACUCAUUAUUUCUCAUCAAGGGCUAAUAAAAAGAGAAGAUCAUCGAUCGAGGAAGCCAACAACAACAACAACAACAACAAAAAAGUUAAUUUGAUGGUGUAAGUUGUAAAUUGUAAAUUUGUAAUCUUGUUUUGUUAGGAUUGUUUACCUGCUUAAUUUGGCGUCCAACUACCGUGUGAUGGGAUGAGAUGAAGAA